CUCAUCAUGGCGCACAGGGACCCGCUGGCGUUCAACGUCAGGCGGCAGACGCAGGUUUUGCUGGAAGCUCUACCAGAGGACACAACCUUUGCAACAGAAAUACACUCAGCGCGAUCGCACACAGAACUCUUCGACGCGCUCUCUAGAUGGCUAGCAGCCCCUUCGCUUACCUGGCGCAUCGCGACCACAUUCCGCCCGAUUCUCGUUGAUCUAUGCGCGAGAUGGCUUCAAGGCACACAACCAACCGAGGAGCAGCUCGUAGCUCUCUGCUUCCUCGUCGAAAUCCAUGAAGAGCUCUUUCCUGUACUCUACCGGGUACUAUCAACAAAACGCUUCGAGCACGGUCCGCUCAGCGACAUCAGCAGCAGCACGGAGCGCAGCCGCGUCCAUCGCCUGCUGCUAGCAUACUACCGUAUCAUGCAGAUCAACCGCGAACUUCCCGGCCUGCAGCGGUGGUCCCUCAGCCAUCUCUCCAAGUUGAUGUGGAGCGAGAAUCUCGACGGCGGCGCGAGACUGCUCGCCAUCCGCUGCUAUGCGCUGCAGAGUGGGAUGGGCGAGGCGGAGCGCGAGCGUAUCGAGAAGCAGAUUUUUGGAGAAGUUGGUGGGCCGGACUGCCCGCUUGAAUACGGAGUCGAUGAGCAGGGCAACACCAUCAUUACCGACGGCUGGCUAAUGCCGCUUCGCGAGCUCCAACGAGUGCAAAAUGCGCGCAACGACAUGGUAGCCGCGCCAUACGACUAUUUCGAGGGAUCGGAGGACUCACCAGUAGAUGAAACUGUGCUAUGUCCGAACGUGGUUAACGUCAACGGCAUACUCCUUGUCAAGGACGCGGGCACCCCAUCCCCUUCAUCCCUCAUCCCCACGGACUCGGUCAAUGGUGCUCUGCACGAGAUCGCCACCUGCAUGUCCUUGCGGUUACCCAUCCUCCUCACAUCGCCCCCUUCAUCUGGCAAGUCCACGAUACUCAAACAUCUCGCCGGUUUACUUCACCCGACCGUUAAAAACCAGAUUGUCGCAAUUCAGUUGGCCGAUACAUCCCUCGACGCGCGCGCCCUGCUUGGGUCGCAUGUCUCAUCGCCAACACGGCCUGGUACCUUUGAAUGGCGCGAUGGUGCCCUCGUCCGUGCUAUGCGCGCUGGCCGAUGGGUCGUACUGGAGGACAUUGACCGUGCCUCCGCGGAAGUUCUCGGUGUACUUCGCCCCCUCGUUGAGUCUCUGCGCGUCGACAAGUGGAUAGGCGGACGUGCUCGCAUCGCUGUUCCCGGUCGUGGGGAGGUCAUCGCACACGAUGCCUUCGCACUCUUCGCUACUCGUUCUGUGCGCGGGUCAACAACCCCACCUGCCUUUCUCGGCGCGCACAAGUGGUCGGAGGUGGUCGUGCCUGCACCUACGGCGGCCGAGGUGCACACGAUCGUAGAGGCGCGCUUCCCCAGACUGCGGGGCGCAGCCGCGAAUGGUUUUGUCGCUCUCUGGGAUGCAGUACGUGCUCUUGGGCCCGCGGCAUCUGCCCGCGACGUCGGUAUGCGCGAGCUGGAGAAGCUCUGCGCGCGCGUUGAGCGUCUCUUGCCGCGCUCGUACGAACCGUCGGACAUGAUGGACGUCGACAAUGUCGGCCUCCCAAGCCUAUUCCCGAAUCCCGCCUUCCGCGAGGACGUCUACCUCGAGGCGCGCGACAUCUUCUUUGGCGCGGGUACUACCACUGCCGCCGCGCGUGCGCAGUCGGAUGCCAUCGCCAUCGCCAUCGCCGAGCACCUCGGCAUCGAUGCGGAGCGCCGGGAGUGGGUGCUGAAGGGCCGGGUUCCGGACUUCGAGGUCGAGAAGGACGUGAAUGGGGAGGCCGUUGGUGUGCGCGCGGGGCGGACUUACUUGCCGGCAAAGGCGAAGGAGAGCAGGACACCAUUGGCGCCCCAGAGGCCGUUCGCGAUGCAUCGGCCGGCGGUGAUUCUGGCGUCAAGGUUGGCGACGGCGGUGUCAUUGGCAGAACCGCUGUUGCUAACGGGCGAGACGGGAACGGGGAAGACGAGCGUGGUCACGCAUCUGGCGGGGUUGUUGCGAAGACCUUUGGUCACUCUCAACUUGUCCCACCAGACGGAGUCAGCGGACCUCAUCGGCGGCUUCAGGCCCGUGGACGCACGGAUACCGGGCUCGGAGCUGCAGGGGCGCUUUAUCGAGCUGUUCGGCGCGACGUUCAGUCGGAAGAAGAACGAGAAGUUCGAGACGGAGGUGCGGAGGGCGGUAGCUGAGGGGCGCUGGAAGCGCGCUGCAGGUCUUUGGAAGGAGAGCGUGCGGCUGGCGAGGGAUCGGAUACGGAAGCGGAGAGAGGAUGAACAGGGCGAGACGAGCAGGGAUGGCGAGAGUACGCCGCGGAAACGACGGAAGGUGGAGAAGGCGCCGGAGGAGCUUUGGGCGCAAUUUGAGCAUGAUGUGACCGACUUCGAGGCGCAGCAUGUGCAGGGCAACGGCAAGUUCGCGUUCGACUUCGUGGAAGGGCCACUGGUGAAGGCAUUGCGGGCGGGUGACUGGGUGCUCCUCGACGAGAUCAACCUUGCGUCUCCGGAGACACUGGAAUGCGUGUCGAGCAUACUGCAAGACGCGACCGGCUCCAUCACUUUGACUGAGCAGGGCGCGUUGGAACCCGUACCUCGACACCCCGACUUCCGUCUCUUCGCCUGCAUGAACCCGGCUACAGACGUCGGCAAGAAGGAUCUCCCUCCCCACAUACGCUCCCGCUUCACCGAGAUCGACGUUUCCCCACCCGACACCGACCGCGACACCCUCCUCUCCAUCAUCGAGAAGUACAUUGGUGCAGCCGCUGUCGCCGACAAGCCCGCCAUCAUGCACGUCGCGGACUUCUAUCUCGCCGUGCGCCAGAUGGCGGAGGAGCGACGCAUCGCAGACGGCAGCAACAAGCGCCCGAACUACAGCAUGCGCACGCUGGCGCGAGCGCUGAUGUUUGCGGCGGAUGCGGCGCCGGCGUACGGGCUGCGGCGCGCGUUGUGGGAGGGGUACAUCAUGGCGUUCACGAUGGUGCUGGACGGGGAGAGCGCGGAUCUGGUGACGAGUGCGGCGCGGACGCAUAUCUUGGCGGGCGUGCGCAAUGUCAAGUCGCUGCUCAAUCGGGAGCCCGUGCCGCCGACGUCUGGGGAGCAUCUCAAGUUCGGUCCCUUCUACCUGGAGGUCGGACCCCUGCCCGUCGACGGGUGCAUGGACUACGUGAUGACGCCGUCGGUGGAGGCGAAGCUCAUCGCUUUGGCCCGCAUCGUCACGACGCGCCGCUUCCCUGUCCUCAUCGAGGGUCCGACAUCCAGCGGGAAGACCAGUGCGGUGGAGUACCUCGCUCGUCGUACCGGUCAUCGCUUCGUGCGCAUCAACAACCACGAGCACACCGACAUCCAGGAGUACCUCGGCUCGUAUGUGUCGGACCCUAUCACGGGCAAGCUGGCCUUCCGCGAUGGUCUUCUCGUCCGCGCUCUCCGUCGCGGGGACUGGAUAGUCCUCGACGAACUCAACUUAGCGCCCACCGAUGUCCUUGAGGCACUGAACCGUUUGCUCGACGACAACCGCGAACUCGUCAUCCCCGAGACUGGCGAAGUUGUCCGUCCGCAUCCACACUUCAUGCUCUUCGCCACGCAGAACCCGGCCGGUCUCUACGGCGGUCGCAAGGCGCUGUCUCGUGCGCUUCGCAGUCGUUUCCUGGAAGCCCACUUCGCGGACGUGCCUCGCGCGGAACUGGCAGAGAUCCUGUGCCAGCGGGCUGCAAUCGCGCCCUCGUAUGCGGAGAAGAUCGUGGCGGUGUUUCGGGAGCUGCAGGCCAGGCGUGGCGCCGGACGGGUCUUCGAGAGUCGUGAGGGCUUUGCGACUCUGCGCGACCUGUUCCGAUGGGCGGGGCGCGGUGCCAUUGGUUAUCAGGCACUCGCGGAGGAUGGGUAUAUGCUACUGGCCGAGCGCGCACGACGGGACGACGACCGGACCGUUGUCAAGGAGGUCAUCCAGGACGUCAUGAAGGUCAAGAUUAACCAGGACGCUCUGUACGACUUCGACACGCCCGGCAGAGAUAUGCGCGAGUUCCUUGGUUGUACCAUUCCCAACGACCCGAACCUGGUCUGGACACGUGCGAUGCGGCGCCUGUUCGUCUUGACGGCGAGGGCGUUGCGUUUCAACGAGCCUGUCCUUCUCGUCGGCGAGACUGGUGCGGGCAAGACGUCGGUCUGCCAGAUCCUUGCGGGAGCAACCGGUCAGGAGCUGUGUGGCGUGUCUUGCCACCAGAACACGGAGACAGCAGAUCUGAUUGGUGGCCUUCGUCCAGUUCGCAAUCGCCAUGCUAUUGAGGCGGCAAUUCUGGAGGACGUGCAGCAAGUGCUCGCAGGUCUGGGAAUGGAGGAGACGUGCGACACCGUGGAUGCCCUUCAGGCGCGGUUGGUCAAGAUACUCAAGUCUGGCGGUCUGGAUGCGGAGGCUGCAGAGCGCGUUCGAGGUCUUGUGCUGCGAAUUACUAGUGCGAAGGCCAUCUUCGAGUGGCGCGACGGGCCGCUUGUCGAGUCGAUGAAGCGCGGCGACGUCUUCCUCCUCGAUGAGAUCUCUCUUGCGGACGACUCGGUUCUCGAGCGCUUGAACAGCGUUCUGGAACCGUCCCGGAUAAUUGUCCUCGCCGAACGCGGCGGUGAUGCUAUCGACCACUCAUCCGUCACUGCGUCCGAGUCCUUCAAGCUCGUAGCGACGAUGAACCCCGGUGGCGACUACGGCAAGAAGGAGCUGUCGCCUGCCCUUCGCAAUCGGUUCACGGAGGUCUGGGUACCCCCUGUUGACGAUCCUCGGGAUUUGGAGUUGAUUGUCGAUCGGUUGUGGAAGCACGACGAGCUUAAGGCUUGGACGAAGCCCUUGUUGGCCUUCGCGGACGACCUGUGCAGACGUGUUGGUGACCGGACACUCGUCAGCUUGCGCGACAUCUUGGCAUGGGUCAGUUUCUCCAACGCGGUCAUGGACUUGGGACUGCAGUAUGCGCCUUCCCCUCCUGAGAUCUUCCAUCAUGCCGCGCGCAUGACGUUCCUGGACGGACUCAGCGCUCUCCCCCAGCUAUCGGCCUACUCUCGAGCCUCCCUCUCCGAGAUCAAAGCCGGCGCCAUCGCAACUCUCCAUGCGCUCGCACCCAUCGCAGAUCACGUUGCAUCCGCCCCCUCGUACGACCCGGCACAAUACGUCCAGCUGGGGUCCUUCGCCAUCCGGCGGGGCCAUAAGCCUGCAUCCUCUCAAGCGUUCAACCUACGUGCGCCGACCACUCAGGACAACGCUAUGCGGGUGGUACGGGCUUGUCAACUGCCGAAACCUAUCUUGCUAGAGGGUAGUCCCGGGGUGGGCAAGACCAGUCUCAUCGCCGCCCUUGCAGACAUCUCCGGACAUCACCUCUGCCGUAUCAACCUCUCAGAUCAGACUGAUCUUAUCGAUCUCUUUGGGUCAGAUUUGCCAGUUGAGGGUGGCGCGCCGGGAGAGUUUGCGUGGAAGGACGCGGAGUUCUUGAAGGCGCUACAAGAGGGAGACUGGGUUCUGCUCGACGAGAUGAACCUGGCACCGCAGGCCGUGCUUGAAGGGCUGAACGCUGUCCUCGAUCAUCGCGGGUCCGUGUACAUUCCGGAGCUGGGGCGCAGCUUUGUUCGGCAUCCCAACUUCCGCAUCUUCGCCGCCCAGAACCCGCUGAGCCAGGGUGGUGGGCGCAAGGGCUUACCCAAGUCUUUCGUCAACCGCUUCACCAAAGUUUACGUCGAGGAGAUGACGCCUAGCGACCUCUUCCUCGUCUGUCAACACCUGUACCCGGACAUCGACGCUGGUCUCCUUAACGCCAUGAUCGAUUUCAACGCCAAGUUGAACGAAAAGCUCGCCACGGAUACCACUUUCGCGCGCGCGGGCAGCCCAUGGGAGUUCAACUUGCGCGAUGUCCUGCGCUGGGGCGCCGUAUUGAAGUCGCAACCCCCUGGUACCCACCCCGGUGCCCUUCUACGCGCCAUCUACCUUCAGAGGUUCCGAUCCCGUAACGACCGCGAUCAAGCUCGUCAAAUAUUCGACAACGUCUUCGGCGUCGACUCGGCUUCUCUCGAAACCCUCGCCUGGUCCGUGUCUCCUGAAUUCGCUCGCUUCGGCCGGUUCAUCGCACAGAGGAGCAAUUAUGCGUCCUCUACACGUCCUUCGCGCGUCCUCAAGAUGCAUCUGGCCGCAUUAGAGUCCGUCGGGCAAUGCGUUGCCCAAUCCUGGCUGGGAAUCAUCACUGGCGAGCGUCAUUGCGGUAAGACAGAACUUGUCAAGACGAUGGCGGCCAUGACGGGCAACGAGCUCACUCACAUCUCCAUCAACCAUGCUACUGACACCAUGGACAUCCUCGGUGGCUUUGAGCAGGUUGACGAACUCGGGCAGCUCAAGAUUCUUGCGGAAGACGUCCUCAGCCACGUCGACACCUAUCUUCGGUCAAAUGAUGGUUCGCAUUCGAGCGUAGUCCUUUGUCGGGAUCAACUGAGGACAACGAUCGAUCGGGGCGCUCCUGCGGACCAGAUCAUACACGUCGCCAGCGCUUUACAGGACUCCUUGGCGAGUACGGACGCGGACAUUUAUAUCUUGCCACUGGUUCAGAGGCUGCAAGACACGGCCAGGUCUCCGCCAUCGACUGGUCACUUUCAAUGGGUCGACGGCCCUCUCGUGCAAGCUAUGAAGAAAGGGACCUGGGUGCUCUUGGACGGUGCCAAUCUCUGCAACCCCUCCGUCUUGGACCGUCUGAAUUCACUUUGCGAACCGGGCGGCGUACUCACUCUCAGCGAACGCGGCCUUCUGGACGAUCAAGUCGAAGUGGUCAAGCCUCAUGCUCGUUUCCGUCUCUUCAUGACCGUCGAUCCUCAAUAUGGCGAGUUGUCGCGUGCAAUGCGCAAUCGUGGAAUCGAAAUUUGCUUGUCCUCUGGUCCGCUCGCGGACGACGGUGAUAUCCUUCAGCAAUACCUCCGGCUACCCAUGGGCGUCACAGACGCAAUAGGCCCUGUUCGGAAUUUCGACAGUAUUCGUCGAGGUAUUGCGACAUCUCCGACGCCCCGACCGCCAUCGCUAGUUUCUACUGGGCGAGCACUCGACCAAGAUUCGCCGUUGUCAUCUCUGUCCGAUUGGUUCUGUAGCCCGACCGCCUCGCGACAAGACGCUCGCCAACAGUUCGUCGCACGCUCUACAAUCCCGACCUACGCCCUGCAACUUCGCCGGAGCGACCCGUCCCUUGCGCCACCCGGGGAAGAGUGCACGCAGAAACUGCUCUCGAGCAUGAGAGAGAAGUACGCCAUUGUUUGGGGAGUGCCACUUGCUUAUCUCGUCUCGCAGCCAAUGGAUUUCUUUCUCAACGCAUAUCCGUGUGAAGGCAGCAAGCUCAAGGUGGACGGGUUCUCGGACCAUCGCAUCGUCGCAGCUGCGUUAGACGUCGCGACCACCUUGGGGUACGCGGCAACAGUGGAUGAACGGAAACUCGCCGCGCUUCAUCGGCAGUCCUCGAGGCACAUACCCGUCAUCGGUGCCGCAAGCCACCUCGUACAGUCGGCAAUGGAAUGCGGACGCUUGGUACUCGACAGCGCUUCGCCUUCGGUGAUUAGCCUCGAGACUGUGUCUAAUUUCUUGUCCAUAUCGCAGUGGCUGCGGUCAGCUAUCGAACGCGACGUUUUCGAUUACUCAGCCGUACAAAUCGCCUCGCGAUGGCUUUCACAAGCCGUCGACGCGGGAUCACCGUCUUUCGAUGCUCUUGUCGGAGCUGUGCAGGAACUGCAAGACUGCGUAGCUUUACAACGGGGAGCCGGUCUGGAAGAGUUCUGGUCGGGAUUCCUCGUCCAAAUUCCAGCGAUUGACCGCGAGGCCGCCAGGAGACUCGCGCAGAUGGCCAGCGAGCUCAAAGUGACAGCGCACGCGUACGAAGUACGGGCUCAAACCAUGCGAGUGUUGGCCUUGGGCAGCCUCCCGGGAGUUGCUGAUGCCCAAGACUUCGAUCUCGCGUCCUUAUCCCGCUUGGUACACGAAGCCGAAAAUAUGUUGCAGAAGGAGCACGACGAGCAUCUCCAUCAGUCCGGCGUCGAUUUGCGACCAUCGGCCAUGCUCUCUCAAUUGAACACGCUCUCGCACUCGUCUUCUAUGGACGUCGCAUAUCUUCUCAAUACCUUGUGUCGCCACACUCGGACAGACGUGAAGACCUUGGUGCCGUAUCAGCAUUUGCAAUGGGCCCUUCGGGCAGGCAAAGACACUACCCUACUAGCGACGUACGCCUUAAUGCACUGGCUUGAGGAGCUGUGGACCGUCGAAUUGUCCGAUGAGUUGGCCGGCCCCGCGCUCGUCUUCUACCCAGUGCAUCUACACGCGGUCAUGAAGACAAGAUACUGGCAUAAGUACUCGCUAGGCUCCGCCUCCGUUAUGGAGAACGAUCUGAAAACACAAGCGGGGCUAUCACGUCUUGCGGCCAGGGUCCACAAGCCAAGGCUGCAGCAAUUGUUGGACCUCCUAACUACGUCCCUGGCGAUGGUCGAACGAUGCUUCUCGUCGUCGAUCCUGGAAAGGAGAGAACGAACUCUGGAGAACGUACUGGCAGGACUGUCUGCAACGUGUGGCCAGCAUUUGCUUGAUGCGGUCGAACAGAGACUGCGCGCUCCGUUGGAGGCUGUCGUUCAUCAGGCUUCGCCGUCGCUUACGGAGGUCGGUCGCUGCUGGAUGGCCGUCGGCUGGCUGGUGAUCGAUCUUUUUGUACCCGAUACGCCAGUGGAUCCCGUCGCGUGGUACGAGUACUCCAGGUCGUUUGUUUCGGACAAGGAAGCGUUUCUCGACGCGCAGAUCGACCUUCAUUCUCAGCUGCAAUAUCUCUCCACCGGCGAGCGGGGCAAUGCGAUGAUCGACUAUCUGGUCCAGCAAAGGAACGCAAUGGCUGGCGCAAUGCCGAAGAAGAUAUCGGUGCAGCGCAAGCCAGACGUCGGUCGCGUCAACGCAUUCUGGUCGGAAGUCCACCAAUUCCAGAACCAGCUCCUGUCCGAAAGUCGCCUAUCGACGUUGAUGGACCAGCUGGCACUUGGCGACCCACAGGCAAUACACACGGAGGAGACCCUCCAGGGUUCGAUGCAUGGUUUCUACGAGCGCCUUGCCGGUAUCUACACGGAUCUCCAAGAUCUUACUGGCCCGCUUCAGUUUGCCAUCCUACACCUCCGCCUUGGGCUUCGACUGCUUGCUUUGGACGGCGCCCAAAUGACUGUUCGACGCUCGCUAGGAGGCAUUGGCGCUGCCGUCGCUUUUCCAUCCAUCAAGGCUGCCACUAGCCUGACCGACGACGUGGAGGCCGCGCCUCCGUCGGGUCUUCUAUCUCAGCGCCUGCUGCUGUCAUUGUCAGCCUCAGACUUUGAACAGGCGACUGGAAUGCGGAACAAGCAGACGUUGAUCAAGCUUGAGUCGUUGUUCGAGCAGCUCACGCGCUUGUGGCUCAUCGAACGCGCCAAAGAGGCGGACGCUGAGAAAGCCCAAAGCACCUUGUAUCGUCAGCACGCCACAACACACGAAGAUCUCGGCGACGCAGAAAGGGAGGCGGCCGAGUUCAACGAGCUCUUUCCGCAGUACGGGGACGAUGAGGAGGCCUCGACGCUCUCCGAUCACGGUCCUCAGACCUCCAACAAGAGCGGCAACAUCGGUUCCGCCGCCGACCUGCACAUAUCCAUGUUUGCAGCCUUGCUCGACGGCAAUCGACGGGCCGGCGUGGAGUUCCGAGCAGCGCGGAUAUCGUUCCUGUCGUCCUUGUUCGAGGUGGAACAGCACUUGCCUGGUACCCUUGACGAGCAGUCGACGAUGCUACGCCUUGACAUACUCACUGAGGGUAUCACCCGACUCCAGCAGCGCGACGCCGGUUCGCAGCCGUACAACUUCUACACCGAUCACAAUAUCUCGGAGACGAAGAAAGCCGCGGAGGUUGUCCUUGCCAUGAAGGAGCGCAUUUCGGAAGUCCUGCAGGAGUGGCCCGAGCAGAUGGUUCUCGUCAACCUGCUCGGCCGUUGCGACACGCUCCUGGCCCUUGCGCUGGACAGCCCUGUCGCAAAGGUGCUCAGCGCUCUUGAGCAGCUCCUCGUUCAGUCACAAGACUGGGAGAUGUACGCCAACCGCGAGAACACCCUGAAAGCACACCAGCAGAACCUGACGGCACUCAUCGUGAGCUGGCGAAGGCUCGAGCUGUCCUGUUGGCAGACUCUGCUGGACUCGCAGGCUUUGUCCUUCGCCCAAGCAAUACCCGAAUGGUGGUUCCGGCUCUACGACGCGUGCGUUCGUGGCGCCUUGGAUGCCGCAUCUAGCGAGGAUGCGCUCACGGAAUUCUUGGUCAAACUCCUUCCGCUUGUCGAUGACUUCGUGCGUACCAGCGCUGUCGGCCAAUAUGCGGCGCGCCUGCAGCUUUUGCGCGCCUUCGCAAACUACUGCGGCGAGUUGUCCGGCGUCAAGACGGGUCUUUCACGCGUCGCCCUGAAGCGGGUCCGCUUGCUUCUGUGUGCUACGCUUGCGUAUUACUCGCUUUCGUCAGCCAGGGUCCAGAAAUCAUUGGAAGAGCAGCGACGCCCUUUGGAGAAGGAGGUCAAGGACUUCAUCAAGCUCGCCAGCUGGAGGGACAUCAACGUCCAGGCUCUCAAAGAAAGUGCAACCCGGACGCAUCAUCAACUGUACAAGAUCAUCCGCAAGUUCCGAGAUGUUCUACGCCAGCCUGUCGACGCCAUGCUGAACCCCGACUUCGCCGACAAUACAGGUGACGAUGCCGCUGUACCUCCUCCGAACAACGCCCAAAUUCCCGAUGGAGCAGAGGUAUCGUUCCCGGCGCACGAUCCAUUGACGUCCAGCGAUCAUCUUCGUAACAUCGGCCAGACCUACGCGCGUUUCCGCUCUCUUGUUUCCUCCCGCAUUACACCGUUCCACACGUCUCUAGCGUCAUCAUCGCUUCAAGACCUUUCCGCGACGAUCAUCGAGACGCAGAAGGAGCUGGCGGCGGAGACUGCACCCUCGGACCUCCCGAAGGAGAAGCGCGAGAAGUUCUACAAGUCUCUGCUGGUUCGCAAGCGCAAGGCAUGGAGUGAUCUUCUGAAGGAACUAAAGCGCAUCGGCUUCAGGCAGAACGUCAAGCCUGACGUAUUGCGCCUGCAGGCCGACUCCCGAUGGAUUCGCGAGCAACCCAUGAUGCCGCCCGUGGAGGGUCGUGAUACACAAAGGGCAGAGUCUUACUUCCUGCGCCUGAUGGGCUGCCUUCCAGCUGUACGAGCUGCUGUCCCCGACCAUCAUGCGGAUCUGUCGACACGGGAGCUUCAACGUGGAAUGGGCUUCCUCGAGUCUGUCUACGAAUACGCGCUCAAGGCUCGCUCGGAUCUGGCGAACACGCUUCAGGAGUACAACGCUUUGACGAAGUUGCGACAACGUCUGGAGUCUCUUGCGGAAGCGGACGUGGCUGUACCGUUGCCUGCGAAGGAGUUGGUAAAUCUGCGCAAACUGGAGAACACGCUCUUCGGUCUAGCCAGCGCUCUAGGCGAGGUGAAGGAUGGCAUCCUGACCUAUAUGUCUUUCGAGGACACUCCUGUCGCCCCUGUGGAUAGCCUCGUGGCAGCCUUCGGUGAAGGGGCAGCGCAGUGCUCUUCACAAGCUGCCGAGCUGAGAAUGGUCGUCGACAAUAUCGUUGUCUUCUCAAGCGUCACUUCAGAAGAACGCAUUGCUUUGCAGCGGGGUGCGCAAGUCCUGAGCGACAUGAGGAACCUUCUUCGACGCUCAUCCGAGGAGGCACCUCAGAUGCGCUACCUCUUCGACCCCGUCUGCGAGUGGGUCGACGCGCAAGAUGUGCAACCGAUCGACCUUCUGAACACCUCUGCCUUCCUGCCAGCCGACCGCAGCGCAUCCAUCGUCGAUACUUUGCUCAUCAAUGUGCAAGGUAUACUCAGCCAGUGCGAUGCCGCGCGGAAGACGCCACAAGAGGAUGAAGACGACGACGACUUCGCCCGCCGCGACCUGAUUACGUUGCGCGCUCUUACCAGCCAGCUCAAGCUCGAGAAGGUAUCCAAUGCCGUACAGGAAGCGUUCGCCAACUGCGAUGCGCCCAGCGACGAUUUCCUUCGCGACGUGCGGCGCGCUCUGCCCUUCCUGCGCGCGUACGAGACGGUCGUACAAGUGCAUAUCGAUACCCUCGCCGGCUGGAACAAGGCGCUCUUCAAGCUCGCGUAUGUCCUGUGCAUCCUAUUGCGCGCGCUCGCGACCCAGGGCUUCUGCCGACCGCCUGACGUCGAAGAUGACGGCGAGGGCGGGGACAACGCCGGCGAGGCUACCGGCGGUAUGGGCGUCGGCGAAGGCGCAGGCGCGGAGAACGUCAGCAAGGAGAUCGAGGACGAAAGCCAGGUGGAGGGACUGCGCGGCGAAGAGGCGCAGGACGAGCGUCGGGAUCAGGGAGGAGACGAGGAUGACGACGCAAUUGAGAUGAACGAGGACGUCGGCGGCGCACUGGAGGAUGUGCCGGACAGGGGAGAUGAUGAAGCGGAGUCUGGUGACGAGGAAGAGCAAGAUUUGGACGAGAAGAUCGAGGACUUGGACAAGUCGGAUCCGGCGGCUGUCGACGAAAAAUUGUGGGGUGAUGAGAAGGGACCGGAGGACGAGGGAGGGCAGGAUGAUAAGAUUGGGGACGACAGGUCGAAGGAGCAGCAGCAGGACGAGUCGGAGGUGGUGGCGAAGGAGGGCGGGGAUAAGAAGGAACAGAAGGGGGAGAAAGGGAAGGAUAAGGAGGACGCGAAGGACGAAUCGGCGGAGCAGCAGCCGGAGACCAAGCAAGCGGAGGACGAGGCGGCGCCGGACCAAGCGGAGGGAGAGGAACAGCCCAGCGCGGAGGGAGCACCGAUGGACGAGCAUGUUCAGGACGCGAAUACGCUGGAGCUGCCGGACGACAUCGACAUGGACGACGUGGAGAAGGAGCAGGAUCAGGACGCGGAAGAGGACUUCGGCGACGAGGAGAUGGCGAUGGAGGAGGAUCAGGGACCACCCGAGUCAGAUGGCGAAGUCGACGACAAAGAGGGCGGGAAGGAGGAGACCAAGGACGGUGGGGACGGCGAGGAGGAUUUCCCAGAAGACGAGUCCAUGGAGCCUUCGAUGCAGGUCGACGAUGUCCAGGAAGAGUCUGCGGCGGACGAUGAUGCUCCCGAUGGCGAAGCGCCUACCGACCAGCCAGACGUCACGGAAGGCGAGGGUACAGACCAGAUCACGAGUGAGGGUAGACCGGACGCUGGUGCUGCCAGCGCAUCCACGGGACAGGGUGCGUCGUCCGCCGGGCAGCAAGGUCAGCAGGCAGGCGACCAGGAGAUCAAUGAGGAGCAGGCAGCAGAGGCGACUGGCGAGCAGCAGGAGAAUGCAGACCCUAGCCAGACCGACCAAAAUGCCGGAUCCCGUGCUCAAGGUGUUCGUCAAGGUGCCGAGCCCUCCGUCGGCAACCCAGCAGACGAUUCCCUAGACCCCCACCGCAGCCUCGGCGACGCCAUGAAGGAAAUCCAGCGCCGGUUCGACGAGAUCCUCCGGUCCGACAAAGCCCAACAGCCGCGGGAAGCAGCACCAGACGCCCAAGCCGAUCAAGUCGAGUACCUGCAGCCCGAGGACGCCGACGCGGACAUGCAAGCGCUCGGCCCAGCGGGCGAGGAGAAGGCGGCCAACUUGUCCGAGCUGAACGUGAUUCAGGGCGACGACCUGAUGGACGAGACGACGCCGAUGGAGCUGGAUGACAUCAAGCAGGACGAGCAGCAUGAGCAACCAGCUCCCUCUGAUCGUCGUCCUCAAGCCGAAGAGCUGUCCUCCGCACCCAAGCAAACCCACCUCGAGGAUGCGAUCAUGCGCUACAACCCGUCCGCAGACGUGCCCGAAAGUGUCGCCCUUGUCCAGAAGUCAGAGGAUCACGACGGUCACGAGCAAAAAGAUAGCGAGGAGAGGGAUGCCGCUGUCGAGGCAGAGCUCCGAGAGUGGGUCUCCUCCGGGCACGCGGAGAACAUGGUCGACCACCUCUGGCGCCGCUACGAGCACCUCACGCAUGACCUCUCGUACGCCCUCUGCGAGCAGCUGCGCCUCAUCCUCGAACCCACCCUGGCCACCCGCCUGCGCGGCGACUAUCGCACGGGCAAGCGCCUGAACAUGAAGAAGAUCAUCCCGUACAUCGCGAGCGACUAUACCAAGGACAAGAUCUGGCUCCGGCGCACGCGUCCGAGCCAGCGCGAGUACCAGAUCCUCAUCGCGCUUGACGACUCGCGCUCCAUGGCGGAGUCGCACUCGGUGCAUCUCGCCUACCAGACGCUUGCGCUCGUCACGAAAGCGCUGUCGCGGUUGGAGGCGGGAGAUGUCGCGGUGGCGAAGUUCGGGGAGGGCGUGGACGUACUACACGGGUUCGACAGCGGACCCUUCACAGACGCGGCGGGCGCCAAGGUCAUGGACGCUUUCCGGUUCGACCAGCGGGCGACGGAUGUGCUCAAGCUCGUACGGGCGAGCCUCAACAUGCUUCAGGCGGCGCGUGAGCAGCGAGCAACGGGCUCUGCGACGGCGGGCGAUCUCUGGCAGCUCGAGAUCAUCAUCUCGGACGGGAUGUGCCAAGAGCACGAGCAGCUUCGGAGUGUGUUGAGGCGCGCGGAGGAGCAGCGGGUGAUGGUCGUGUUCAUCAUCAUCGACUCGUUGCAGAACCCGACGGCGGGCACGACAGCGGGACAGCAACCGGGGUCGAUCGUCACCAUGGACAAGGCGGAGUUCAAGAAUGUGGAUGGGAAGAUGGAGUUGCAGUUGCAGCGGUACCUGGACUCGUUCCCCUUCGAGUACUACGUUGUCUUGCGGGAUGUGGAGGCGCUUCCGGACGUUCUUUCGACAACGCUCAAGCAGUUCUUCGAGCGCGUUACAGGGUCAGAAUAGAUGUACAGUAUAGAUAGAGCCAUCGUAGAUUUGUGGUACAGGCUUCACGUCCGAACUGUUGUUAUAUGUAUGAAUCAUGUCGCUAUCGGCAUCGUCUUUCGCAC